UGAAACAUAUAUACAUACCUAGAUGGUAUUUAUAAUGUCUCUUACUAUGAGCACAUGGUCGCAUUAAAGUUUGAGAACUGUUUGAAAAGCCAACGAACGAUCGAACGCAAUAGAUACUUGCAUAUACACGUGUACACACGUAUAUACGCAUGAAGCGAGGUAUCGUCACGUUACUCCCUGCGAAAUGGCAACAAUAAGCGCAAUCAAGUUCAUUCACUGCGCAACGAGAUUCUAGAGAAAUUGUUGAGGGGAAAAAAACCACAUGAUACGUACGACACAUGGGACUUUCGCAGAAUACCACCCGCAAUCACCGUAUGAACGAUUGUCUAAAUUAUACCGAGAGCUCUAAGUUACGAAAGCAACGAGUUUCGAAUGUCCAUACAUUUCGUAGCUUUUUUUCCAAUCGCAUAGGAUGCCUACGUCCUUUAUCGACUUUGUAUUAAAAGAAUGGCCAGGAGAGAUUAGAGAGGAAUUAACGUUUAGUGCGUAUAUGCGUAUCUCUACCUGAUGAUGUGGAAAAUACUUGGAUGGCACAAUAAUGCAUGUGGGUAAAGGUGAACGCAAAAAAAUGGAUGUCAGGAUGCACAUAUGUGUAUACGUAUACGUAUACAUAGAUGUAUAAAUAGCCAGAAAUAGCUCGUAUCAUUAUUCCCAAACAGACAGGCAAGCAAAAACGAGGAAGUACGAAUGAUCACGUAAAAAUAGCUACUGCUUCGUUCUUUUCGUUCUGAUUGUUCCUUCGUGUGUAUUCGCACGCACACGAGAGAGUUUAACGAAUUGCAGAGGAAUUUCUUGCAUGUAACGAUACGAUUAUGCGUACCUAAUAAGAGAGGUAACUUGAGAAUUGGAGAGGUUUACGGAGGUAUUAUCGAGCGAGCAUGAUUGUAUGUAUCUUGAAAGUGACAAAAUCCGAAUUAAUUAGCUCGAGGGAAGCGAACGUUGAUUCUCGCUACUGCUAUUCCCGAGAUCAGAAAUGUUGCGAAGCGAUGUUAACGAUUACGCGAAGUCACGUAAUAGAAGGCAACGAACAGGGUGGAGGAGGUAGCGGUAGCGGCUCACAGAGGUAUUCGUCAUACGGUGGCUCAUCCGCAUCGGCGCCUUAUGAUGAUAAUAAGGGCUCGUCGUCGUCCGGAGUGUACGAGGACAAGAGACAGAGCGAACGUGCGUCAUCGUAUCACCGCUCCGAGGAUCGUCAUUCCGCAUCUCGGAGCUAUGCACCUCCGCCACCCCCACGGAUUAGUGACAUGGCACCGCCCCCGACUCAGAGAUACACCUCGGGUCGGGGAAGAAUAUCGCACCAGAAUUCAAAUUAUAGAGGUCGCAUCUCGACCCGCGGCGGCGGCAGAGGUGGUGGAUUCCACCGGAUGAGCUCUCGAUCGGACGUCCUCAUGGUGGCUCGCAAGCGUACCCUCCAUUCGCUCGACUAUCGCCGAAAGCUGCUAGGCUCACGCUCGCGAGACUACAUCCAGCGUGUGCGCAUGACUACCACAAAACUACGUAGGAGUAGCGGUACUACUAGACUUGGGGGCAAAAAGGACUCAGGAUCAGGAACCAGCGUGAAGGACAAGGAUAGAGAGAUGGCCAAAGCCAUAAACGCUGAGUUUUCCGAUGACGACGAGGAUGAGGACGACGAUAAUAAGAGUAAUUGGGACGAUGAAGAGAAGGUUGGUAAUGUUUCUUCAAUUAACGUUACACAGCCGCACGAACACGACGAUGAAGAAGAAGAGGCAGAAGAGGAAGAGGAGAAAAAGGCUAAAGACGACAAGCGUAAGAAAGAGAAGCAGGACAGAGAGAGGCAACAUACCGAGGAUGAGGAGGAAAAGGACGAUGAUAUGAAAGAAGAGGAUCAUCAGAAGCAAGAUGAAGACGAAGAAGACGACGGUGACGAUGAGGAGAGAGAUGAGAAUGACAAAACGGAGCGCGAUAGAGCUAUUGGUUCCGAAGAAUUACCAAGCAGACGGGAUGGUAGAAAAUUCAUCAAAUUGAAGUGUCCACAUUGCGCUCAUCACAGCGUAACAUUCAAGGAGUACUCGCUCCACCUGUUCUCCGGUCGUCACAGUGCAGCUAUGAGACGUAUCGCGUCGCGACACAAGGCAACUCUCACGCGCAUGAGAGUCUUGCAACGGCAAGAACAACGACGCGUCGAAGCUCGCGACGCAGCUCGUGGCACAUUACCGUCUCGUACUAUGUUCUGCACAAUUUGCAAGUUGAAUUACCGUUCUCUCAAAGCCGCUCAUCAAUUAUCCGAGUCGCAUCGUCAGAUGAAGCGAUUCCUUAUGCCAUUCUGUCGCGUCUGUCGCAUACAAUUCCGUUCACCGAUGUUAUUCGAGACACAUAUGUGUUCUCUAGAUCACAUCAAGAGAAAAAGCGCACUGAAGGAGAGAAUGAACGCUAACGGCAGCGGUGAAGCGGAAGCGGACUCCAGCGCGCCCGAGGAAGACGAUAAGGAAGUCAAUCUUGAUAAUUUCAUGACUUUGGAUUCCGUGGGCGACGUCGACGCAGAAGACGAAGAGUCCAACGACAAGAAGAAGGAUAAGAUCGAAGGCGAGACCACAAGCGAGACGGAGAAGAAGUCAAAAGGGAAACAAAUGAUCAAAGUUGGCGCGGAAUAUAUCAAACGCGUGGAGGUGCAAUACUGCGAGCUGUGCAAAGUAUAUUUACCACGCAGCGAGAAUACUGAAAGGGCGGUCGCUCUUCACUGUUCCACUCGUAGUCAUCUAAAACGAUAUGUGAGGGAUAACGAUGAUAAAGCCUUAAGACGCCAAGCGGAACGGAUACAUUUGCAGUCGUCGUCGUCGUCCUCGUCGGCUAAUGUGAAUUCCAAUAAUUCGAACGCUGUCAAUUCGUCGGAAACCGUGAAAGCAUCCCCCGUCAAUUCGGAACCGCAAGCGUCGGCGAGCACCGCGCCUGCAGCUACGAACGAUAAUAACGGUACUCGCGGUUCGGAAUAUGCGAAAACCGAGGAACAGAAAUCAAACGGCUCGGAAUCGGAGAAAAAUACGAAAGAAGGCAAGAGUAAUCAGGGUGACGAGGACGAUGACGACGAUUACCAUGCUCACGGUGGCGACAAAUCUACAUGGGACGACGUCGACAAAGAUCUAGGCGAUAUUCUGAGGGAAAGCGAAGCGGCAGCGUCGAAAUCCAGCGACGACGAGGAAUCACGUUACGAUCGUUUCCGCAAUUCGGACAAGAAGCAGCAGUCUGGCAAGGAAAAGGAGAAUGACAAAAGCGAAAUAAUUGAGGAAAAGCCCGUUAAUACUAAGUUGAAAGAGGCAAAGAUUAAGAUUGAGAAAGUAGAUAUGUAAUACAUUAUUGGAAUGAUCAUUCUUACGGUGUUGUCGUCGAAAAUGUGUAAGAAGAAAUGUGUAAGAGGAUGUACACUGAAAGAAAAAUGUAUUCAACCCCAAAAAAAUCA